AAGCAUACCUUUACAACUCUACGCUAUGGCGAUAACGACAGCAAUUCGCAUAGCACCCUCACGUGCAGCACGUGCUCUCAAUUUACUUCGCACCGUUCAAUACACACAUCCGCCAUCAUGCCCGUGCCACUCGAAUCCCAACUACCACCAAUCACCCUCCACUGUCCAACAAGCCCGCCGACACCUUGCAACGCCGCUCGAUCAAUUCCAACAGAAGGAAUAUGCAUUUGAAAUGGCGGCGUCUAGCAUACGUUUCGGGCCAGGAUGUACAAAGGAGGUCGGCAUGGACUUUAAGAACAUGGGCAGCAAGCGCGUCAUGGUCGUUACCGACCCAAACGUGAGGAAACUGGAUGCGAUGAAGCAGGUCAUUGAAGGACUGGAGAGGGAAGGUGUGACAUACGAGAUCUUUGACAAGGUCAGAGUGGAGCCAAAGGACCACAGCAUAAAAGAGGCGAUUGAUUUUGCGAAGCCAUGGAAACCAGACGCCUACCUCGCUGUUGGUGGUGGCAGUGUGAUUGACACAGCCAAGCUGAUGAAUCUGUAUACCACGUUCCCCGAGGCAGAAUUCUUGGACUUUGUCAACGCGCCUCUAGGCAAGGGGCUGCCCAUUCCAUCCAAGCUCUUCCCGCUCAUUGCAGUACCGACAACGGCAGGCACUGGAUCUGAGACAACCGGUACCGCCAUUUUUGACCUCGUUUCGAAACGUGCAAAGACUGGUAUCGCACAUCGCAACUUGAAGCCUACUCUGGGCAUAGUCGAUCCCCUAAACACACGUACCAUGCCGUCAGCUGUUCACGCAUCUUCUGGUCUCGACGUACUCUGCCAUUCGCUCGAAUCAUGGACUGCCAUCCCCUACUACGAGCGUACUCCACGGCCGACAAACCCCAUCAACCGUCCAGCAUACCAGGGCGCGAAUCCCAUUUCCGACAUCUUCUCUCUAAAGGCACUAAAAGACACAGUCAAGUAUCUGCCUCGCGCCGUCAAAGACCCCGAGGACCACGAAGCGCAAUCUCAAAUGUUGCUGGCUGCAACCCUUGCCGGUGUUGGUUUUGGUAACGCAGGUGUGCAUCUCUGCCACGGCAUGUCAUACCCCAUCUCCGGCCAGAAUCCCGGUUACAAGCAUGCAGGCUAUGAUGUUGACCACACCAUCAUUCCCCAUGGCGUUAGUGUCGCCGUCACCGCACCGGCGGUAUUCAAGUUCACCGGCGCAUCUAACCCGGAGCGACAUCUAGCGGCAGCCGAGGCAUUCGGCGUGGACAUUUCCAACGUAAAGGCGGAGAGCGCAGGAGAGGUGUUGAGCGAAGCGCUGGCAGAGUUCUUGAUCAAACUUGGUGAUCAACCGCGAGGUUUGAAGGCCCUUGGUUUCGGCAAGGAGCAUUUGGAUCAGCUGGUCGAGGGCACGAUUCCGCAGGCAAGAGUACUGAUGCUGGCGCCGAGUUUGGAUAUGCAAAACAUUGAUGCGGAGAGGGAGCAGUUGCGGGGUCUAUUUGAGGAUGCCAUGGAGUACUGAUUGAACCAUGUAGGUGCUCAGUCUUGCACGCAGCACGUGAAGAAAGCUAGUUAACCUG